AUUCCUACGCCGCUCCGCAAGGGUAAGAAGAGGGUCGGAUGGAGAGAAGAUGGAUCGGGGCCGCUGUCGGAGAGGUCAUCAGCAAACCUCUCAGCUGGCCCGGCCGGCAGAGCGGCUGCCUCUCCCAGCAGCGGCGACUUGCUCAUGACGGAUGCGCCUUCAUAUUUUGAACACUCACCUCUGGCAUCGCCCAUCCCCAUCCCGCGAGACACUCCCCCCGGAGCCCCAGAUGCCCAGGAAUUGAGACUCGCCUUAAACAAGGUGCUGCUGACCGAGGAGGAGCAGCAGCCGCUCCAGCGUUCGCACACGUCACCGGCAGCCACGCCGAGCACUGGAGAAGCUUCUUCUACGGCCCCUACCGCCCCAAGGUUGCCCAGGCCCGUCCUGAGGCGCAACACCAGCUACAACGCCCAGGAACAGGAGGAAGCCGACCAGGCAGAGAAGCUCGCCACGGAGCGGCAGCUUCGAUCCAUGACCGACGCACGGCAGCGCGCCAAUCUGUUGGCCGUGUCGGUGGGCGCCCUCUACUCGCAGUCUGCCCCAGGCUCGAGACGCAACUCGUUUGAGCACCUGGAUGACGCUGUAGUGCUCUCUCCCAGUACGAGCACUACCCCUAUUAUCAGGGAACCUACCACGACCAGCGCGCACACCACCACUCAUCGCACCCCCCAUAGCUCCCGUCUGUACCAGCCGUACCGGCCAUCUGAAAAGCAUGAGGAACGUGAGGAGCAUGAGGAGCAGCACGACGGAGCGCAGAGGCUCAGCAACUCCCAUGCUAAAAACCACCUGUUCCACCCGCAUCACUCGCCGACGUCCGGACGCACAACUCCCGUGACAAUGCAAAACUACGUCCAAGACUACGUUCCCAGGCCCGUCUCGUAUCGUGGAGGUAUCCUCUCUCAGCUGCUCAAGCUUCAUAUGCGCGAUGAGAACGGCGCCCACCACGGCCCAAAUAGCAGCGGCUUCACCACUCCGACCACUGCGCCCUCGACGCCCAUGAUGUCCCCGAAUCCCUCGCCUCCGUCCUCGAGACGCCCUUCCACCGUCAGCACCGUCCGCUCGCGCUCAUCUAGCCGGCUGCGAGGCUACCACAAGUCUCACGGCUCCACCUCGUCGAUUGCCCUGUCCGAGCUGCUCAAGUCGUCGUCCAUGUUUGCCGCCCCAGGAUCCACGGAAAUUUCUGACCGUCUGGUGGAGAAGAUGAAGAAGUCCAAGUCGUCAAGGCCCAAGAAGGAAGAUGUCCGCAUCAAGGUUCACAUUGCCGGCAUCAUCUCACGCCACAGGUACCUGCUGAAGCUAUGCCGUGCCCUCAUGAUGUAUGGCGCCCCGACCCACCGCCUCGAGGAGUACAUGACAAUGUCGUCCCGAGUUCUCGAGAUCGAGGGCCAGUUUCUGUACAUUCCCUCCUGCAUGAUUAUCAGCUUCGAUGACAGCACGACCCAUACGGCGGAAGUCAAGAUUGUCCGAGAACCCCAGGGGAUUGACCUCGGCCGCUUGCGAGACGUCCACAAUGUCUACAAGGAUGUAGUCCAUGACAAGAUUGGCGUGGAGGAAGCGACCCGCCGUCUCGACGAGGUCAUGAAACGAGGUCCCAAGUUCAAGACCUGGUUCCGUGUCUUCAUGUACGGCCUUGCGUCCGUCUGCGUUGCGCCUUUUGCCUUUGAGGGCCGCUUCAUCGAUCUACCCAUUGCCUUUAUCCUGGGCUGCCUGGUUGGCCUCCUCCAGCUGGUCCUCGCUCCGAGCAAUCCGCUUUACUCUCACGUCUUUGAGGUUUCCGCCGCCGUGGUCACCACCUUUUUGGCUCGCGCCUUUGGAUCCAUUCAGGGCGGGAAGUUGUUUUGCUUUAGCGCUUUGGCCCAGAGCAGCAUUGCCCUGAUCCUCCCCGGUUACAUGGUGCUCUGUGGAUCUCUCGAGCUUCAAAGCCACAACAUCGUCGCCGGUAGCGUCCGCAUGGUGCAUGCGGUCAUCUACACCCUCUUCCUGGGCUACGGCAUCACCAUUGGAGCUUCCUUGUACGGCAUGCUGGACGCGAACGCGGCGAGUGCGACGCACUGCGAAAACCCGCUCAGCGACAACCGCGGAUGGAAUUUCCUCUUCGUUCCGGGCUUCACGCUGUGCCUCUGCAUUAUCAAUCAGGCCAAGUGGAAGCAAACGCCGGUCAUGACCCUCAUGUCCAUUGCGGGCUUUUGCGUCAACAGCUACUCGAGCACAUUCUUCGAGAGCAAUAGCCAGAUCUCUAACAUGCUGGGCGCCCUCACUAUUGGUCUCCUGGCCAAUCUAUACUCAAGACUUGGCCGACAUGUGCAGAACGCCUGCCUGGACCUUGUCGAGUGGUGGCAAGCGCGAGUUCAGACGAGGUUCUCUAAGAAAAAGUCGCCGAUGCCUCCGUUGCCCGACGUGGAGUCCAGCGCAGGGCCUCCUCCGGAAGAGCCAGAGCGAAAGCCCAGGAAAGUGGGCUACAGCCUUGCCGCCGCCGCCAUGCUCCCGGCCAUCUUUGUCCAAGUGCCCUCUGGUUUGGCAGCCAGCGGUUCGCUGCUGGCUGGUGUCAACUCGGCCAAUCUGCUCAACAACAGUACGGGACACUCCUCCAAUAACCAGGUCGACGGCACCGCCUUUACGGUCUUGUUGAGCGUCAUCCAGGUGGCAAUCGGCAUCAGCGUAGGCCUGUUCAUGAGCGCCCUGAUUGUGUAUCCUGUGGGCAAGAGGAGGAGUGGCUUGUUCAGCUUCUGAUGCAGCAUGCGAGGAUUAGAAGUUACCUCGAUUCUUUGCUUCCUUUCUAUUUCUUCUCCCUUUUCUCUUUACUUUCUUUAGCGUUGGCGCGCAGUAUCCUCGUCACUUUUUUUUUCUCUUUUGUCUUCAUGGAGUUGUCUUGAUCAGGGGUUCACACAACGCUCAUGCUAUAGAGGCCAGGGAUUUCGGGGGGGAGUGCUACGAAUACUCUUCACAACAUGCGGCUUCCCAUACAGCGAUGCGGGCAUCCAUACAACAGAGCAAGCGGUCCUUAUUUCACUUUGUUUUUUACUUUUAUUGGCUUUUGACAAGUUAUUUAGCGUGUUUGGUUCUUUUCCUUGAUGGGAGUUGUCGGGGUUUUCUUUGUCGCAUACGAGCAGGUG